AUGAAAAUUAUGAGAAAAAGAGCAACAUUAUCGAGAAACACAAAAGUAAGAAGUGAAAUCCCUAAGUAUAUUAGUCUCAAAUCCAAAUACCAUGUACUUAACUUUGUAUAUAUUCAAAUUUAAGUAUUAUCCAUAGUAUGAUUCCUGAGUUCUGAGCAUGGAUAUCAAAAACCGGUGCCAUUCUUGCAAGAAAAGCAUUAUCCAAUUCGGAAGGUGUUGCAAUGAUGAAGAUGCAAACAAUAGUUCCGUGUCACUCUCAGCAAUUGGAUCAAGCAAGUUGAGGUGGAAAGUUCUGUGGAUGAAGCUGAAGAUGAAAAAGAAGAAGCUCUUUGAUUCUUCUUCAGCAUCAUCAUCAUCACAUCCUUAUUAUGAUGCAUACACAUAUUCUCAGAACUUUGACCAUGGUAAUGCAAAGGAUGAAGCAGAUAACCUCUCUAGAUCUUUCUCUGCUCGCUUUGCUGACUCUUCUAAAGUAACUACCGUUAUUACCAACCAUAAGGUACUUUAACUAAGGCAAUGCCAUGCCCAAUUUCUCAGUUUCUUUCUUUUUUUUUUCUUUUUAAUUUUCACUCUGUAUAUCAUUCCAAUGUUAAAUGCUUGCUACAUUAA